AAUCAGUUGUGCCUCACUGAUGACAGCACCAAGUAGUUGCCGCAGCUAAUUGUGAAUAGUAAAUUAGUUCGAUAGAUAAAAAUAUCCAAAAAUAAAUAAUUAUAUGUAAACUAUUGAUUAUUUCUAUACCUAAAGUCGUAUAUAAGCAGCCAAAGUUUCCUAUAAAUUUUCAAAUUGCAAACUCUAAGCAUUUGUUGGAAGAAACCUCGAAAUCAUGAUGUUGACUAAAAUCAGUUUCUGUGUGCUGCUAAUCCUGGCCGCUGCGAGCCACAGAGUAACCGCCCAAUUCAGUCCGAAUUAUGCAUCGGGAAGAACCACAAUGGUGCAUCUCUUCGAGUGGAAGUGGGAUGACAUCGCUACCGAAUGUGAGAAUUUCCUUGGCCCCAAGGCGUAUGGUGGCGUUCAAGUGUCCCCAGUAAAUGAAAACGUAGUUGUGAGCAGUCGUCCUUGGUGGGAGCGUUACCAACCUAUAUCCUACCUUCUGACCACGCGAUCGGGCAACGAGGAACAAUUUGCCAAUAUGGUAAAACGUUGUAACAACGUCGGUGUUCGCAUCUAUGUCGAUGUGGUAUUCAAUCAUAUGGCCGCCGAUCAUUCCGAUGCUCGUGGAACUGGAGGUUCAACUGCGGAUCCCAGCAGCAAGAGCUUCCCAGCUGUUCCCUACUCCAGCACUGAUUUCCAUGCGACCUGUGCCAUCAACAAUUAUAACGAUGCAAAUCAAGUGCGCAACUGUGAGUUGGUUGGGCUGAAGGAUCUCAAUCAAAGUAACUCAUGGGUACAAGAACGCAUAGUUGAAUUCCUCAACAAACUAAUUAAUUUGGGUGUUGCUGGCUUUCGUGUUGAUGCUGCAAAACACAUGUGGCCGUCCGAUUUAAAGAACAUCUACUCCGCUUUGAACAAUCUUAACACCGAACACGGUUUUGCUUCCGGUUCACGACCAUUCAUCUACCAAGAGGUUAUAGAUUUGGGUGGUGAAGCUAUCUCCAAAGACGAAUACACUGGUUUCGGUGUUGUUACUGAAUUCCGCCAUUCUGCUUCCAUCGGCAAGGUAUUUAGACGUAGUGAUGAACUUCGUUGGCUCGUUAACUGGGGUACUGAGUGGGGAUUUUUGGCAUCUGGUAGUGCUUUUAUCUUUGUGGACAAUCACGACAAUCAACGUGGUCAUGGUGCUGGUGGUUCUGAUAUUCUCACCUACAAGAAUUCAAAGCAAUACAAAAUGGCCAAUGCUUUCAUGUUGGCCCAUCCAUUUGGUAUUACGCGCGUCAUGUCUUCGUUCGCUUUCGACGACACCGAUCAAGGCCCCCCUACAACCGAUGGUAGCACUAUUGCCAGUCCCACUUUCAAUGCUGAUAACUCUUGCAGUGGCGGUUGGGUAUGCGAGCACCGUUGGCGCCAAAUUUACAAUAUGGUUGGCUUCAGAAACAUCGCAGCUGGAACAAGUUUAACAGGAUGGUGGGACAAUAGCAGUAACCAAAUAGCUUUCUGCCGUGGCAAUAAAGCCUUUGUGGCAUUCAACAACGAUUAUUACGACCUGAACGUCACGAUUGACACCUGUUUGCCCGCUGGCACCUAUUGCGACAUCAUCUCCGGUGAAAAGUCUGGUUCAGCAUGUACAGGAAAAUUGGUUGUGGUGGGCUCUGAUGGUCGUGCUCUCAUUUCAAUUGGCCAAAAUGAAGACGAUGGUGUUUUGGCCAUUCAUGUUGAUUCCAAAUUGUAAUUGAUUGCCAACAAAAGAAAUAUACCAGAAAAAUACAUUUA